CGGCUCGGAGUGAACCUCCUCUUGCUCAGAGGAUCUUUGUCCCGGCUCGGCGUGAACCCUCUUCCUGGUCAGAAUGGCAGGCAGCGCGUGGAGGUCAAUGUUGUCCCAGGUGGUGGUGAAGAGGCCUGCUCUGUCCUCUGCUGCCUUUUCCAGAGGGAUGCAGACGGUCACACUGAUUCCCGGCGAUGGGAUUGGACCAGAGAUCUCCACGGCUGUCAUGAAGAUCUUCGAGGCAGCUAAGGCUCCCAUCAGGUGGGAGGAGAGGAACGUCACGGCGAUAAAGGGACCCGGCGGCAGGUGGAUGAUCCCUCCCGAUGCUAAAGAGUCGAUGGACAAGAGCAAGAUCGGACUGAAAGGACCCCUGAAGACCCCCAUCGCCGCUGGUCACCCCUCCAUGAACCUGCUGCUGAGGAAGACCUUUGACCUUUACGCUAAUGUGCGACCGUGCGUUUCCAUCGAGGGCUACAAGACGCCGUACACCGACGUCAACCUGGUCACCAUCCGGGAGAACACGGAGGGCGAGUACAGCGGCAUCGAACACGUGAUCGUCGACGGCGUCGUUCAGAGCAUCAAGCUGAUCACUGAGGACGCCAGCAGACGCAUCGCCGAGUACGCCUUCGAAUACGCCAGAAACAACCAAAGAAGCAGCGUGACGGCCGUCCACAAAGCCAACAUCAUGCGAAUGUCAGAUGGUCUGUUUCUGAGAAAAUGUCGUGAGGUGGCCGAGAACUUCAAAGACAUCAAGUUCACCGAGAUGUACCUGGACACCGUUUGCCUCAACAUGGUUCAGGACCCCACCCAGUUUGACGUACUGGUCAUGCCCAACCUGUAUGGAGAUAUUCUGAGUGAUCUGUGCGCCGGUCUGAUCGGAGGACUCGGAGUCACUCCCAGCGGGAACAUCGGAGCAAACGGAGUCGCCAUAUUUGAGUCGGUUCACGGCACCGCCCCCGACAUCGCCGGCAUGGACAUGGCGAAUCCCACCGCCCUGCUGCUCAGUGCCGUCAUGAUGCUGCGUCACAUGGGUCUCCAUGACUACGGCAACAAGAUCCAGACGGCCUGUUUCGACACCAUCAGAGAGAAGAAGGUGCUGACGAAGGACCUGGGAGGAAACUCCAAGUGCUCCGAGUUUACAGGUGAGAUCUGCCGUCGCAUCCAGGAUCUGGACUGAAGCGGCAGCAGCGAUGGAGCCGCUGCGGGAGCCCGAGUCUCCGCCCGCCCGAACCACCGCGGCACAGCGCCUCGCCUCCCCCUGCUGACUGGUUUGAUGUCUCUGGAGCUGCGGGGAAACAGUCAGCUGCAGCUUCUUUCUACUGUAUUUACACAAAGAAAAAAAUGUUUUUGCUGUAAUGAGAUGAUGGAUGUGGAGGGGGCGGGGCUUCUGCAGCAGCUACCUGAGUAGUUAACAUGAUGAAACAUUCACAGCAAACAUACGCACAAGCGUCACAUGACCAAGGUGGAAUGGAAUCAUUUCAGGAGUGUUUUUACUCAAAGUAUCAUCAUCGUGUUAAUAAUAAUAAUAUCAGCAUCUGCUUUGUUGUGUGGACAGUUUGGAUAUUUGCUAUUUUUUUAACAGUGAUGCAGUUGAACUGAAAGCUCGUCUUAUUUAUUGUUUCCUGUUACUGUCUCGUGCUGCUCUUAGUUUCAGAGCUCCUCAAACAUAUAAACAUAAAGGAAGAGAACGCUGC